AUGGUUUCAAUUGAAAAAUAUAAGGCUCGUCUUUUAGCCAAGGGUUAUAGGCAAAGGGAAAAUGUGGACUUGUUUGGUACUUAUUCACCUGUCACUAGGAUAACUUCUAUUCGUGUACUGUUUGCUUUAGCUGCUAUUCAUGAUCUUGUUGUGCACCAAAUGGAUGUUAAAACAACGUUCUUGAAUGGUGAUUUAGAGGAAGAAAUUUAA